AUGGUGCAGAUAGAGACCAGCGUGGAGAACCAGCAGCUGCCCAACUACUUUGUGAUGGACAAAAUGAGGAGCGACUGGACGAACCAUCACGGCUUCAAGACGCUGAUACCCAAGCUGCUGCAGCUCAACUUGGUCGGCUACCCUUUCGUUAUCGGAGAGAUGGUGGGCGGCGGCAACAGCAAGACGUGGUCCGAGCUGUACGUGCGCUGGCUUCAGGCCAGUGUCUUCAUGCCGGUCGUAAAGUACUCCUUCACACCGUGGGACUUUGACAACGAGACGCUGGAGAUCUGCCGCAGCCUGACCGAUCUGCACACGCAGUACGCGCCACGAAUCCUGGAGCUGAUGCAGAAGGCUGUGGAGGACGGCACGCCGGUCAACCUGCCCGUCUGGUGGCUCGACCCCACAGACUCCACUGCACAGACCAUCGACUCAGAGUACCUGCUGGGCGAAGAUGUCCUGGUGGCGCCGGUGCUGCACCGCAACACGGUGCGCCGUGACAUCUACCUGCCGAAGGGCACCUGGAGGGACGAGGCCGACCCGGAGCACCCCACCAUACAGGGCCCCACCUGGCUCCGCAAAUACCCUGCUCCUCUCAACACUCUGCCCUACUUCACCAGGAUCAGCUCCACAUAG